CUCAGUAGUGAUAUCGCAUCUCAGAAGUCAACUUGCCAGACAUUUACUGGUUGAAGAUUGUUAGUUGUGAGUAGUCUACGACAUUUAGGAAGAAGAAGAGAGUUCGUUUAUUCCUAAUAAGAAAGAAUAUCAACUGGAACCGGACGUAUAAGUCUUGUGGGUUUGCUUUAAGUAGUCGCUGAGGUUGGUUUAAGAAAACAAAAAUGUGACAAAAGACCAUACACAAACUAAUUGUUGCAACUUAUUGUAUCUGAUACGCGUUUGGAAGUAGUCGACAGAAAAAAUUCAGGUCGUAUGCAAUUAGUAUGUAUAAUUCUAGUGCAGUUUCACGUUCACCCGUGCCGUGCAUAACUUUUGAUUAUGUCCAGUCAUGUAACAUAAGAGCCUACCAAAAAUCAAACUCUGUUGUCUCAUAGUCUCAAAUAUCUCAUCGUCGUCUCGUCUCGUCUCAUCUCAUCGCAUGAGCCAAGCAGUACAAUAGUGCAGACUACAAAGGUGUGAUGUAGAAAUAAGUUGAGACAAAAUGAGAUACAAUAACUUCAGGUUGGGGACUUGGAAGGAAUCCAGUCCAAAAAUCUGUGAAUCUUCCAUUAACUCAAGGAUGGAAAGGCGGAAGUCAUCGUCACGUGCUGGGCGUUUGGUUUCCGUAUUAAAGAAUUUAACGAUUAGUGUGGCGGUGCUAUUGUUCGUUUUCUCUAAAAGUUUUCCCUCCGCGCGAGGGAGUAUAAGCAGCGAGGGUGGGAGCGGCUCGGGUAGUUUUAAUUCUAACAAUGGUAUUAAUACGUUCUUUGGAGGAUUUGGGGGAGACACGAACUCGGAGACCAGCAGACCUGAGCAGCACUCAUCGGCGUCCUCCUUGUCGUCGUCGUCGAGCAGAGGAUCGUCCGCCAACUCUGAAGCCGGAGGAGGAGGAGGUGCUGCUGCUGGUGGACAUCGGCAUCGUCACCAUCACGGGAAUGCCUUGCAAACCGCACCUGUUGGAGGACCGAACGUAUGCAGAUCACGAAUCAGAACCUAUUGCUGCCCAGGCUGGUCGCAAAAAUCAGCAUCCGGCCUUUGUGUUAUUCCAAUUUGUACCAGAGCAUGCGGAGCGGGUCGGUGUGUGAAGCCCAAUCUUUGUCUUUGCGACGGAGGUACGAUCUCGAACCAAUGCCAACAAGGAUCUCGAGAUGGAGGAGGACGACUUGGUGGCGGUGGAAUUGGAAAAGGCGAUGGAAAUUCUGGAAUUUCCAUCCCAGAAUCCAGUGGAUCCGGUUCUAAUGGAUGUCAAAUUUCAUGUCUCAACGGAGCAACAUGCAUUAAUAACAAAUGCAUUUGCAGAAAUGGGUAUUCGGGAGAAUUCUGUGGAGAAGCCGUUUGUCGUGAAUCUUGUCUCAAUGGUGGGCGGUGCAUUGGCCCAGAUCGAUGUGCAUGUGUCUACGGAUAUACUGGUCGGAAAUGCGAAGCUGAUUACAGAACAGGUCCAUGCUUUACAAAAGUCACUGGAAAUGUCUGCGGAAGCCAGCUGCAAGGAGUGGUUUGCACUAGGCAACUUUGUUGUGCAACGGUUGGCGUCGCAUGGGGUCACCCUUGCGAACCGUGUCCAGAUCACUUGGACUGCGAGCCUGGACACCUAAAAAACAUUCACUCCUCACAAUGCAUUGAUAUCGACGAAUGUGAAGCCAUUCCUAACAUAUGCGAAGGGGGUACAUGUAAAAACACUCCAGGAAGUUUUAGAUGUGAGUGUCCACCUGGACAAGCACCAAGGGAAGGUGGCUCGGGACCCUGUGAGGAUGAAAACGAAUGUCUCAAAGAUAAUGUGUGUACCGAUGGGCGUUGCAUUAACACGGAGCAAGGUUACUAUUGCAUAUGUGACAGAGGAUUUAUUCCAAGUCAGGACAGAAAAUUUUGCAUAGAUGCACGCCAAGGAAAUUGUUUUACGUCCGUGUUGCGAGGAAUAUGUCGAGGCAAGCUCUCCGUGAAGCUGACCAAGCGAGACUGCUGCUGUGGGAUGAACAUGGGCAAAGGAUGGGGCGAUGAGAACAACUGCGAAAUGUGCCCCACAACGGACAGUGAUUCACAUAAGCUUUGUGUGGAACCAGGACUUUUAAUGCAAAUUGAUGAAUGCGGCCUUCGUCCAGAUAUUUGUGGUAAAGGAAAAUGUAUCGACAUUCCUGAUGGAUACCGCUGUGAAUGCGAUCCAGGACAUAUUCAGCGAUCUCCAAUGGCUCCAUGUGAAGAUAUUGACGAGUGCAUUGUUAAUCGUCACCAAACAGCUUUAUGUCAAGGAGGUCGCUGUGUUAAUAACAUUGGAUCUUACACUUGCAUAUGCCCACAAGGAUUCGAUGUCUCGUCUGACGGAAAAUUCUGCAUUGAUCAUGAUGAGUGCAGCGAGUCUGGAAUGUGUGCAAAUGGAAUUUGCAUCAACAUGGACGCAUCUUUCAAAUGCACAUGCAACGAGGGCUACAUCUUGUCUCCCACCGGACACUCCUGCAUUGAUCAAAACGAAUGUCUCGAGAACCCCCGCAUUUGUCUCUCUGGAAGAUGUGAAAACACCCCUGGAUCCUACAAAUGCGUCUGUUCGGAAGGAUUUACACCUACGUUUGACCAGGCCUUUUGUGUCGAUAAAAAUGAGUGUGCGGAAACAGGAAUGUGCAGCCAUGGCCGUUGUGUUAAUCUGGAUGGAAGUUUCAAAUGUGUUUGCAACCCAGGCUAUAAAUUAGGACCUACAGGGAAACAUUGUGUUGAUUUAAAUGAAUGUGACCAGCACGUUUGUCAAGGUGGUCAAUGUUUUAACGAAAUCGGAAGUUUUAAAUGCGAAUGCUUUGCUGGACUAGUCUUGGGCCCUGAUGGUCGCACUUGUUUAGACACACAGAAAGAUCUUUGUUUCAAAUCAUACAGAGAUGGUUUGUGUUUGGAACCAUCACUGCUUCCCGUUCCAAAAUCAACGUGUUGUUGUUUUGGAGUUGGGUCCGUCAUGGGGUGGGGGACCCCUUGUCGUUCCUGUCCUUUGCAAGGAACUGCUGACUAUGACAUGCUUUGUCCUCAUGGAACAGGCAUGACUCACACCGGAGAUGACAUUAAUGAAUGUGCCCAAAAUCCAAACAUUUGUACCAACGGUGCAUGUGAAAACUUGGUGGGAACCUACCGAUGCAUUUGUGAUCGCGGAUAUCAAGUCGAUUCCACUGGAAAACUGUGUUUAGAUGUCAAUGAAUGUGAAAUGGACGACUUGAUUUGCGGUGGUGGUCUGUGUAAAAAUAAAAUCGGCAGCUUUCAGUGCAUUUGCCCGGUGGGUACUCAGUAUGAUCCUCGCACUCAAGUGUGUCAGGAUAUUGACGAAUGUAUUGAUUCGAGCCAAGAGGUUUGCACAAACGGCAGAUGCAAAAAUACGCAAGGCUCUUUUGACUGUGACUGUUUUGAUGGGUUUAUAUUGGAUCCGACCGGAAGAUUUUGCAUUGAUAACAGAAGGGGCAAUUGUUGGACGAAGGUCGUUGGUGGAAAAUGCGAAGGGAAUCUGAGACUGCCCAUGCUGAGAGAAGAAUGUUGCUGCUCCAUCGGCGUUGGGAAAGCAUGGGGAUCACCUUGUUCCGUCUGCGAUCCGACGCUUUGUGAGUGCCAACCAGGGUUUGCGAAGGUUGAUGGAAAAGCGUGCACCGAUAUUGACGAGUGUGCCAUGAAUCCAGGGAUUUGUUUGGGUGGGGGGACCUGUGUUAACACGGAAGGUUCAUUUACGUGCAGUUGUCCUCCUGGCUUACAAUUGGAGGAGGGAGGAACAAAGUGCAUUGACAGACGCGAAGAACAUUGUUACAUGCAUAUCAAGCACGGUGUUUGCCAGCGACCUUUGGAAGGGUACUUUUUGAGAGCCGAUUGCUGCUGCACAGUUGGCAAAGGGUGGGGACGCGACUGUUUGCCAUGUCCACGACCUGGCAGUGAAGCAAUGCAACAACUCUGUCCCCGAGGACCAGGGUCUAUUGGUCAAAAAGAUGUUAACGAAUGUGCCUUAAUUCCAAAUUUAUGUGAAAAUGGACGCUGUCGAAAUGUCGUUGGAUCGUUUACUUGCCGAUGUCACCAAGGGUUUUCUUUAGAUGAAGAUGGAAUAAAGUGCAUUGAUCUCGACGAAUGCUCAAUCAUGCCAGGUGUUUGUGGGAAUGGGACAUGUAGAAAUUUGCCUGGAAGUUUCGCUUGUGAUUGUGAGGACGGUUUUGAAUCUUCAAUGAUGAUGCAAACGUGCAUGGACAAGAACGAGUGCCAAUUAACUCCCGGAUUGUGUAAAGGCGGCAGAUGUCUGAAUGUUCCUGGUAGCUUUAGUUGCAUCUGUCCUCCAGGACUUGAAUUGACUCCGGAUCAGAGAGAAUGCAAAGACAUUGACGAGUGUUCUAGAACAAGUGGAAUAUGUUCUAAUGGGGUAUGCGAAAAUCAGUUGGGCACGUAUCAAUGCGGCUGCAAUGAUGGCUACCGUCAAAUCGGGAAUAAUCGUGCUCAUUGUGAAGAUAUUAACGAAUGUGAGGUUAAUAACGGUCAAUGUGAUUCUAUUUGUCUAAAUACUCCUGGUGGUCAUUCAUGCGCUUGUUUGCCUGGAUAUAUGCUACUCAUGGAUGGAAGAACCUGUGUAGAUGCUGAUGAAUGUAACGACAACCGAAUUUGCAAUGGUGGCAAAUGUAAGAAUAUCCCCGGAAGCUAUUCUUGCGAGUGCACUGCUGGACUAAUGCCCUCGCCCGAUGGGUCAACUUGCUUAGAUGUAGACGAGUGCAGAGCUGACCCUGGAGUUUGUGGACCUGGGCGUUGCGAUAAUUCAGUUGGAUCAUUUGUAUGUUUGUGUGAUGAUGGAUUCUCCGUCCGCCCAGAACUGGGCCCAUCUUGCAUUGAUGAAGAUGAGUGCCUGAUGGGAAACUAUAUUUGUUCUCACAAUGCAGAAUGCAUUAACACCGAAGGGUCGCAUGAUUGUCGGUGUCUGGAUGGUUUCAGUGGGGAUGGAACUGUGUGUCGCGACAUUAAUGAGUGUCAAGUCAACAAUGGAGGUUGUCAUCAGGAUGCUCAAUGUAUCAAUACUGACGGUUCUUUCCGCUGUGCUUGUGACCCUGGAUUUGAAGGAGAUGGAAUCAACUGUCUGGACAUUGAUGAGUGUUCAAACAAUCCCAAUUUGUGCGAUAACGGCCAAUGCUUGAACCAUCCAGGAUCUUUCCGUUGUGAGUGUGACAUGGGUUUUAUGAACCCUGAUGAUGACGAUCAUUCCUGCACAGACAUCAAUGAGUGCGAUAUGUUUCACCAACUUUGUGUUUUUGGGCGUUGUGAAAAUAUUCAUGGAAUGUUCCGCUGCGUGUGCAAUAAAGGAUAUCAACUCGAUCCUUCUGGAGGAAAUUGCACUGAUAUAAACGAGUGUGAAAAUCCUCAUUCUUGUCUUUACGGAACUUGCAUAAACACUCCUGGAGGAUUCACAUGUUCAUGUCCUCCGUACUAUGAAUUAACUGAAGCUGGAAAUGCUUGCGUUGACAGACGAAAAAGCCAAUGCUACCUGGACACGGGGGAUGACUUUCCAAGAGGAAGACGACCUGGUCAGUUUGGGCGAAGAGAAUGUGCUCGUCCAAUUGGAGAUCUCAUGACCCGUGCAACCUGUUGUUGCUCAGUUGGUUCACUUUGGGGUCCUUUAUGUGAAGCUUGCCCUACAGCAGGAUCUGACGAGUACAAUACUCUUUGCCCCGGUGGCAACGGGUUCAGGCCGAAUGGACAAACAACCGUUCUUGAAGAUGUUGAAGAAUGUUCUGAACUAUCGCUGAUUUGUACUCAUGGGAAGUGCACAAACACAUUUGGCAGCUUUAUGUGUGAUUGCGAUGCUGGUUAUAGAUUGGAUGUGUCAAAAGCCAUGUGCAUAGACAGGAAUGAAUGUAUCGAGCAACCUGAUGCUUGUGGGGUUGGUCACUGUAUCAACGAAAUCGGAGGAUAUCACUGCAUAUGCCCAGAGGGUUACAUGUUACUUCCCAGCGAACGAGAAUGUGUUGACAUGAGAAAGGAGCCAUGCUAUAUGGACUUCAAUACAACAACUCUCCAAUGCGGUCAUCCCAUGUCAUCUCGACAAACAAAAAUGUUGUGCUGUUGUUCGAUGGGGGCUGCAUGGGGAGAUGCGUGCUUGCCAUGUCCUGCUCCUGCUUCAGCUGAAUACACGUCAUUGUGUGGGCUGCGACCAGGACAGAUUGUUAAUCCUAUGACAGGUCAACCAGAGGAAAUUGACGAAUGUUCAUUAGUGCCCAAUAUGUGCGGCAAAGGCGUUUGUGUCAAUACUCCUACGUCUUUUCGGUGCGAUUGUAGGCUGGGUUUCGUUUAUGAUGAAGUUGCCCAUACGUGCGUAGAUAUCGAUGAAUGCAAUUCCGGGGUGUCAAAUGUACCGUGUAGAGGAAUAGAUUGCUUUCGUGGUGGAAACCCAUGCCAAGGAAAUGCCGUAUGUGUUAAUAUCCCUGGAUCAUUUGAAUGUCGCUGUCCGUCAGAGGGGUACAGACUUGACCACAGUCAACGAGGAUGCCAGGAUAUCAAUGAGUGCAAUGAGCGGAUCGGUAUUUGCAGUAAUGGAGAAUGUAAAAAUUUUCAAGGCAGUUUCCAGUGUCAGUGUCGUCCGGGUUUUAUGCUCACCCCAACGCGAGAUUCUUGUAUUGACAUUGACGAGUGUCAGAGAAAUCCCAACAUGUGCUCAAAUAAUGGAACUUGUGUAAAUAUUUUGGGUUCCCACAAGUGUCUUUGCAAACCAGGCUUCAAGCUGAGUUCAAAUAAUGAUUGUGAAGAUAUGGACGAAUGCCAAAUGAUGCUUUCUCAUGCUUGUCGACAUGGACGUUGCAUAAACUUACCUGGCUCCUUCACAUGUCAAUGUGCUGAAGGAUACACGCUUACCUCGGACGGUCAAAAUUGUCGUGACGUAAACGAAUGUGAUGAGAUUCCAAAUACUUGCCCCAAGCCAGCCCGCUGCCAAAACGUCAUGGGUUCACAUAUGUGUACAUGUCCUCCGGGUUUUGAGUUGUCAUCGGAUGGAAAUUACUGUAGAGAUCUCAAUGAAUGCCAAAUAAACUCAAAUUUAUGUUCCGACGGAGUUUGUAUUAACACGGAUGGAGGGUUCGUCUGUCAAUGUCCUGAAAAUUAUGUCCUCAGCUCUGACGGGAAGAAGUGUGUUGAUAUAAGGCAGGAUCUUUGUUAUGACAGCUUUUUGGGAGGUUCUUUUGGUCGUGGAGUAUGUAGUAAAUCGAGACGCGGAUAUGUUUCAAGAAUGACAUGCUGCUGUACUGGAGGUAAGGCAUGGGGAUCGUCUUGCGAAUCCUGCCCAGCCAUUGGAACAAGGGAGUUCAAAAAAUUAUGUCCUGACGGGAUUGGAAGAGGGGAAUCUGGACAAGAUUUGGACGAGUGUUCCGUGAUGCCCGACGUGUGCCAAGGAGGUGAAUGUGUUAACAGUGACGGUAGUUUCCGUUGUGAGUGUCCUCAGGGAUACAAGCUCGAUUCUAGUGGUGACAAAUGUGUGGAUGAGAAUGAGUGUGCGUUGUGUAGUGGGGCAGAUAGAACAAAUUGUACCAAUGUCUGUGGAAAUGGGACCUGCUUUAAUGUGGAAGGUGGAUUUGAAUGUGACUGCAAUGAUGGAUUUGCGCCAGGCCCUAACCAAGUGUGCGAAGAUAUUGACGAAUGCAGAGAAAGGAGUCACCAGUGCGCAUUCAGAUGUCAUAACACUGUUGGUGGAUAUCGUUGUACAUGCCCUUUUGGAUUUGUUUUGGCACCGGAUGGAAAACAUUGUACAGAUCUUGAUGAAUGUAGCACUCCUGUUCACAACUGCAAAUUUAUGUGCAAAAACCUUAUUGGUUCAUUCGCCUGUUUGUGCUCAGAGGGCUAUGAGCAGAUAGGUUCUGGCGACGACUGUAGAGAUAUUAAUGAAUGUGCUGCUCCAGGAGGUUUGUGUCAAAAUGGACGAUGUAUAAACUUACCUGGGUCGUUCCGUUGUGAAUGUUUUGAGGGGUUCGAGCCGUCCCAAGAUUAUUCGAAAUGCAUUGACAGGAGGCAGGGAUCCUGUUACAGACAAUUAGUGGGCGGAAGGUGCGUCAGCCGAGAAUCUUCUUCUCUGGCACACACAACGAAGGCUGACUGUUGUUGCACACUUGGCGUGGCUUGGGGGCUGGGUGACAGAUGCGACCGGUGUCCUCAACAAGGGACUCCAUUGUAUAAAGAACUUUGUCUAGAGUCUGGGUAUUCAGUGGAUGGUUCAGAUCUCAAUGAAUGUGAAAUCAUAUCUGACCUUUGUAAGCAUGGGACAUGUGUCAAUACACUGGGCUCGUUUCGUUGUAUUUGUGGCAAAGGAUUCAAAGUAGAUCCUUCUGGAGUUCACUGCUUGGAUGUCAAUGAGUGUGACUUGACUCCAAAGGUUUGUCAACAUAAUUGUGAAAAUACGGUGGGAUCAUUUUUCUGUCUCUGCAACACUGGUUUCACGCUAAGCAGCGAUGGGGUUACUUGCAAGGACAUAGAUGAAUGUGCGACUGGACGUCACGGAUGCCAACGAAAGGACGAAUGUGUCAACACUCAAGGCUCGUACCAGUGUUUGUGUAGCAAAGGAUUUUCUCAAGUGGGUGACCAGUGUUUGGAUGUCAAUGAAUGUGACCAAGUUGGAGUAUGUCCUCCACCUGGAACCUGCAUCAAUACCAUGGGUAGCUUCAAAUGCAUAUGCCCACGCGGAUUUACCACAGACUCGUCGGGCCAAACGUGCCUCGAUAAAGAUGAAUGUACCGAUGAUGGAAAGGCGGACGAUGCAAGAUGUCAACAUGGAUGUGUCAAUAUUUUUGGCUCCUAUCGAUGCUCAUGUGCUGAUGGCUAUUCGCAACAUUAUUAUCACAACCAAUGUGUCGAUACAAAUGAGUGUGAAGAAGGUGCCUGUGGUGGUGCUGGUUGUCAGAAUACACAAGGCUCAUUCGUCUGUUCAUGCCCUCCGGGAUUCCAGUUUGACAAUGGGAUGUUGAUCUGUGUCCAGAUGAGUGGAAGUUGUGUCGGGAGUCCGUGCCAAUUCGGAUGCAGCCCUCACGGUCAGGAUGGUUUCGUUUGUGGAUGCCCACAUGGCUAUCAUCGCAUUGGACAAGGACAUUGUUUGAACACAAUUACUCCCCCAGCCUAUGGUGGUUAUGACAUUGAAGAUCCUCUCAGCAGCUCGGAAAACAGCGAUCGAUUCAUAUCAACAGAGGGCUGCUUUUCUUGCAAGGUUGGAGCCUCCAGUAGAUCUGGGCGUGGUCGUCGAUCAGCAGAAAACCUGGAGACCAAUGUAACAAAUUUGGUUUUAACGCAACAUCACAAAAAUGAGAUUAACGACCAACUGAUCCUCAUGGUGCCAAUUGAACGUACGAGAGCUCGAUAUAGGAUUUUAAAACUCCAACCAUCGUUGAAACACAUGAGUGCCAUGAGAUACGUCAUAAUAAAAGGAAAUGAACACAACUUGUUUGAGGUGACUCGUGAAUCGCCAGUGGGACUUCACUUUAAGAAAAAAAUCAGUGUACCACGAACCUAUGACUUAACUAUAGUAGGAUAUAGUAGAGAUCCUCAAUAUUACCAUUUCAGCCGAAAGGAUCCGUUUACGCUUAGACUCAGAUUAAUUAUAACAAAUUAGUGGGUUUCUUUAUGUUUAGCCGAGUAUUUCCUUGUUAAUAAUGUAAUCUGCUACAUGCAAACUUUCGCUGCCAUUUUUCUAAUGUCCAUCUUGAAACGAGUUCCCAAAUUCAUAGUUACAAAUCUGUUAAACUGCCAUUUUUCUUAUAUCAUUAUCAUAUUUACAAAAUACAAUAAUAAUUAGUACGUCAUAUGUAAGUGCAUAUAUUUAUGAAUAGAAACAAUGAAAUGAAAUUAAUCUCAAUACUAAAAUAAAACUAACAAGUAGUCAGCGAGCUUUAAUACUGCUGAGUGGGUACUUUACAUAUUUAGUGUUUUAUUAAUAUUUUAAUAUACAACAAAUAACUAUUUUAUUUGGUAGCUAUCAUGCCUAUGUUUUUUUCAGAGAAUACAAAUUCAAUGUAUGUAUAUAUGUUGUAUGUAUAUAUUUGAAUGCAUAUUUUACCUUUGACUUUAAGACAAAUAAAAGUGCAAAAAUGUUUGUUAUUAUUACAAAAU